AUGGCUUUAAAUUACCAACAGCUGGGGGAACGUCCGCAGGAUAUUCAGCAGUUGCAACAAGCCCAAGCUAGACGUUCUCCUCGUAUGGCUGCUGCAUUGCUUCAACAGAGGCGAAGUGCCGCUAUGGGUCAGCCGACGCCGACUCCGAGUUUGGGGAUAAAUGCGUUUGAAGGGGGCAAUAAUUCACCUGGCAGCUUCGAUUGGAAUCCUCAAAUUCAAUUUGACCCAAAUCGCGAGCAGCAAAUGCAGCAGCAGCGUCUAGCACAGUAUCAACUUCAGCAGCAUUUCUUGCAACAGCAGCAAAUGCAGCAGCUUCAGAAGCAGCAGAUGGCUCUCCACCAGCACCAGCAACAGCAACAGCAUCAUUAUCAGCAGCAACAACAGCAACAACAGCAACAACAACAGCAGCAGAUGCACUUUAAUAGCAUGCAGCAGCAGCGUCCGUCACCUAUAAUAGGUCACUACCCACAGAGGCCAUCGACCAGUGACGGCAUGGGCCAAUUAAAUGACACUCAAGCAAACGCUGCUAUGAAUGGUAUUGGCGGUAUUAAUAGCAUGAGCGCUGCAUCGGAUGCACUUAAUUUACAGUUGAACGGCAGUCAGCAUCCUUCCCCGGCUCAUCCGCCUAAAGCUAUUCCUACGCCACAGCCAAUGUCUACACCACAGCCCGUCCCAACGCCUCCUCAUUCUAUAGGCACUCCUCAACCACAGACGCGUCCACACUCACUACCUCACCCUCAACUACAUCAUCCAAACGCUCAGGUACAUCCCUACUCAGCUCAGAUUCAGGCUUUGCAAGCUGCGCAGGCUGCACAGGUAUCUCAGCAUGCCCAGGCUCAACAACAGCAACUCCAGCAACAGCAAAUACAUCCACAACAUCCACAUCAACAUUCAAUACGGCCACCAAUGGGAAACAUGCCUGAGGGUAUACCGCCGCAAUUAGCUAGAAUGCCAAACCAUUCAGCAGCAGUAGCAGCAGCAGCAGCAGCCCCACGUGCACACGCUGGUACACUCAGAUUGUUACAGUAUAUCGAACACUUCAGGCGACACAUAAGCCUAGUGCAUGGAGGGAAUAACCAGCACAAGGGAAUGGGGGAGCAGCUGAGUGCAACGCAAUGGCAAAACUUUGUACAGGAGUUCUUUAUGCCAUCCGCGAUGCUCAGACUUAACUUCAAGAAGCUUGACGGAGGAUAUAUGAAUCAGAACCCACAAGAUAUGAGACAGACACGACAUUUCGACCUACCAUUUACGACACUACCGAGAUAUCAUGCAGCAUGGUCGCACAGCCAAGUAGCGGGGAUAACAAUGUCAACACCGGGUGCGCAUGAGAGUGUUUAUCACACAUCGGGACCGACAGCUCAAGGGUUAAGAGGACCAAACGGAGAAAUUUUGCCCUCUUCAAUGACGACAAUAGCUACACACCUCGUACAAGCACCACGAGCGAUGGUGUUGUACACAUUCUCUAAUGGAACAUCAAUUAGAAUGAUAGGACACUUGCGAGCUGCGCUGACGGCAUCAUUACCACCACAAAACGGAGGCGGUCAACACGCACUAAAGUUUGAAACGCUAGAAUUUGACGUAGAAGCGUGCAUAGAAUCAUUAGACAGAUCGGCAAUACAGUACAGAGCUGGAGAUGAUAUACCGAAGCUGCCGGAGUGCGUGGUGAACGACUACGGGCUUCCAGUGAGCGUGAUGAAGUGCUUGGAAAUCGUAGAAUCUGUGGUGCAGAUGCAAGAUGUAAUGAAUUUCAGUCUGAGGAAUAACUGUGGACCAGCGGAGGCGUUGAAGGAAAUAAACAAAAUCAAAGAUACCAAUUUGAAGAAAAGAAAGCUUGAAGCUGGACAAAGCCCUUUAUGA